AUGGAUCAGCAAGUUUGGGCUAAUCCAGGAAAAUCCCUGACUAGUGAAUCUCCAUCUCAGCCUGACGCUGUGUUGUCCAAAUAUCGCAUAAGUAGAACACUCACGGUACAUGCUGGCGCUGAAAACGAACCGGAGCCCAUCCAGUACGCCCCGGCAGGUACCAUAUGCAAAAUACACAACAUCUACCAAACAAAGCCAGAUAGAACAGGUCGCUGCUCUUGGACCAAAGAGCUUCCCGACUAUGCUGCGUCUCCUGCAGAAGACCCAGAGUCUCGCCAGUACACGCUGUCAGUACGGAAUGCCAAGUGCUAUGACGGAUCCAAGAGCCUCGAGGUCCACUCCAUUGUGGUGCAGAGUGAGCCGCUCAAGAAAUUCCUUGCAAAUGUUUUAGAGGGCUAUUCUGGUAUUACCAUGACACUCGAUCGUCUCACUUUUAACAGACCAUUCGAGCCUUUUGUGCACCGAUGGGAGCAGUUCACUAAAGCCAGACUCAAUGAGAAUCUGGAUGCAACCACGAAGGCUCACGUUGACCUGUUGUAUAAAGUGCUAGAAGAGGAGCUUGGCCGUGUAAUUGCUCAUAAGAAUGACCUCGUGCGAAAUGGUGUGAUGACACACGGCUUAUUGUACACCAUUUUCGAGCCGGGCGAGGUCAUUUUCGGCGUGGUGGAUAGUCGUCAACGAGCCUUUGUUUUUAAGACAAGCUUCAUAGACUGUCGAACAAAAAGUUUCCAGAUCGACUCAGCAUACAUUGACUUCGACGGUGACAACGUUGGCUUUACUGGACAUGCCUUUGCUAUCCCCCCUUAUGAAGGGACCGCCCCUAUUACCUCAUUGCCUGUCUUCCCACUGAAGUACCAUAGCAACCAAGCAACCCUGAGAAAGGAGCUGACUUCGUCAUUGCCUUCUCGAAUAUCAGAUACACUUUCCGAUGAUCAACUACUGGUCUCUGCUCCUUUUGUGCGCGGGUACUCCUUGAACAGCAAAAGAUGGCUAGAGUUCUAUCUCGACUGCGUGAAAGAUAUCGUCUGGAACUCGCGUGCCUUUGACUCCUUGGUCUUACCUCCUGCACAGCAAGAUCUAAAAAAACCGAUUCUUGCAUUUACAAAUGCCCGGUCCAAGCAACUCGGUGCUUUUCACGAUGUCGUUCAGGGAAAGGGCCGCGGCAUUAUCACGCUUCUGAGUGGUCCACCAGGCGUUGGCAAGACCUUGACCACAGAGAGCGUGGCCGAGGCCCUUAAGGUUCCCCUCUACGUUCUAAGUGCAGGAGACCUGGGAAAAAACGCCGUAGGGGUAGAAGAGAAGUUGAAGGAUGUUCUUUCCAUUGUCCCUAAAUGGGGCGCUGUUCUUCUUCUUGACGAGGCGGAUGUUUUUAUGGAGACUCGGAAUACAGCUGAUCUAGCUAGGAACGAGCUUGUCUCAAUUUUCUUAAGACUGCUGGAGUACUACGAGGGAAUUUUCUUCCUAACGAGUAACCGUGCUGAGAACAUUGACCCUGCUUUCGAGUCCUGGAUUCACGUCAGUAUUCGGUAUCCCGAGCUCGAUACGGCAUCUAGACGCCAGAUAUGGGCCUAUGCUGAUUUGGACAGGUUGUCAGGGAUUCCAUUGAAUGGGAGACAGGUUAAGAACGUCGUUCGGACUGCCUAUCUCCUGACUGGUUAUGAGGAAGAGAAACUUGGAUAUGAGCUGAUUCAGAAUGUCCUGAGGCUAAGGGGGUUUGGUGUGUGA